AGCUGCCGGAGAUUCAUGUGGAGUGAGGGACUAAAGAUAAUUUGUCAACAUGUCGUACAUGCUUCCUCAUUUACACAAUGGCUGGCAGGUUGAUCAAGCCAUCCUUUCCGAGGAAGACCGUGCACUAGUAAUUCGUUUUGGGCAUGACUGGGAUCCAACAUGUAUGAAGAUGGACGAAGUUUUGUAUAGUAUAGCUGAGAAGGUAAAAAACUUUGCAGUGAUGUAUCUUGUGGAUAUAACCGAAGUACCCGAUUUCAACAAGAUGUACGAGUUGUAUGAUCCAUGUACAGUCAUGUUCUUCUUCAGGAACAAGCACAUCAUGAUUGACUUGGGAACUGGUAAUAAUAACAAGAUAAACUGGGCAAUGGAAGACAAGCAGGAGAUGAUUGACAUUGUGGAAACGGUUUAUCGUGGUGCUAGGAAAGGCAGAGGUCUGGUGGUGUCUCCUAAGGACUACUCAACAAAGUACAGAUAUUGACUUGCCUGUUUGUUAAUAAGGCGCCUGGUUUUAUUUUAUUUUUUCUGGGACUAAAAUGCAUCUUAUGCCAUC